AGUCUCGGACAGCUCCUUAAGUAGUGGUAGUGGGGGAAUACUAGGGAGUAAGUAGCAUCUCUGACGUAAUCAAUUGUACGUCGUAUCAAAGCGACCUUGAACAGAAAAACAGUGAAUUGUUUUGUUACUAGAAAUGGUAAUCCCAUAAAAAUUAUAAUUUUAAUUGAUUUAAUUUAAAAAUGUGAGAGAAAAACGCGUAGUUGGUCAAUUGUUUCUGUGCAUUGUGACUGGAAACAUUUUUUACUUGUAAAAGUUUUGUGGAAAUUGUCACUUUCUCAUUGAACUUCUGUGAAUGUAACGUGUUUUCUUUUCUGCAAAGCAACUUUGAAUGGGGUAUAACCUAACACGCCAGGAAAUUUGCAAACGUAUGUAAUUUAUUUUGACAAAGGAAUGUCAAAUGUUAAUGAAGAAAUGGCCAAUGCUGAUACUUAUGACCCCAAUUGUCCUGUGAAUAUGAAUGACAUAACACCAAACUUACAUAGCUCAAGAAAGUACCAAAAGCACCAGAUAUCAAAUAUUAAAACAUAUUCCUUAAGACCAAAAAAUGUAUUUAAAAAUGGAGAUCAUUUAUCAGUUAGAUGUAAUAAUGUAGAAUCAUUAUCCUCAUUAUUAUGUAAACCAAUGUCAGUGAGUCUUAUGCGAUUAACAGAUUCAGAUUUAAAGCAAUUACAUGGAAAGCCUCCUGAAAUUAAAAACAUCAGAAACAGGCAAAAGAAACAACAACUUUUUAAGUUCUAUGGUCGUGGAAAGAAAAAAGGUAAACACGGAACUAAGAAAGCAAAAUGUAGCAAUGAUAAUAAAAUGCAUAAAGAAAUACAUGAAAACAAAGUUAUUAAAGAUAUAACUAAGAAUGUUGUUAAAAAUGUAGAUAAGAAAGAUUGUAAAAAUGCAAAUGAGAAAGUUUCUGAGAAUAUAUUUAAUGAAAUUCAAUUACAAAUUUCAGCGGCUUCCACAGUUCAAAGAUCUAGUAAUAUUACACAAAGUAAAGAAGACUUAUUCAAAAAUAUUAAACAACCAACUAUAACGUUAAGUAGAAUAGAUGAAGUAAUUAAUAAACUAGCACAGUCAUUUGCAAAAGUAAUUACAAAUAAGCAAUCUAAUACAGUUAUACAUGAACCAGUUAAACAACAUUUAGCUGUGAUCCAAACUGAGAAGAUUGGGUUAAUAUCACAACAGUCACCAACAAGUACUAAUGGAGAUGAUUAUUCUCGGGUUAGUAAAAUCGGUAGUUCAAUUUCAGAUACUAAUGAAAGUGAAAACUUGCAAGAUAAGCAAAAGGUUGAUGAUAAGAGCGAUAAUCUUGAUAGCGAUAGUGAUCUAUUUCCAAGCAGACGAAAAUCCAAAAGAAAAUGUGGAGUUAUUUAUGAGUCCAGUAAUGAAGCUGAUUCUGAUGAAUUGCAAGAAGAAACUUUGAUACAAAUAAAAAGAGUAAAAUUGAGUCCACCACAAAAAGAAACUAUAAUAACUAUUGAAAAAUAUGAUACAUUGAAUGAAGAACAGACUGAAUCAUCUCCAAAAAUAAAUGCCCCUAAAAAAGUACUUGGAUUUUCUAAUAAAACAAGUAUAGAAACAGAUGUUCAAGAUAAAGAAGUAAUUGCAAAGGAUGAAAAAAUAGAUGCUGAGAAUAUAGAAAUAAAUUAUAAGAAUGGAAAAGUGAAUGUGGAGGAAGAUAAAUUAGAUGGUGAAGAAGUAAAUGUAGAUAAUGAUGAUGAAGAAAUAGAUGUUGAGAGUAUUGAAGUAGACAAUAAGCAAGAAGAUGGGGUUAAUGAUAAAAUUGUGAAUGAAGCGUGUAACUUGGUUGCUAUCAAGAAUACAUUUCAAGAAAAUACUAAAUGUAUUGAAAAAAACUGUGCUUCCAACUUAUUAGCUUCGGAAGAUUGUUUAAAGGUAAGGGAUACAAGUUGUACAUCUGAAAAUGAAGUAGUUCUUUAUGCUACAGAAGUUCAGAAACAAUUAUAUAAGUCGUGUAUGUCUGACAAUGAGUUAAUACAAAAAUACAAUUUGUGUAAAAAAGCAAGGGUCCUCUUAAUAGAUUUGCUACAUAUUAAAAGUUCACUUGAUAAUAAAUACUCAGCUGUAGAAAUUGAACAGCUGACACAGAGGUAUAUAAAUUUAUUGUUAAAUUCUAAUUUAUCAUCUAGAGACGAUAAUGUCGCAGAAUCGAAUUUUAGUAGUAUAAACGAUUUACGGUCAAAUUUACAACCUGGUGAAAGUGAAAGUCAUACAGUUGAAUUAAAAGAUAUCAAGAAUAUUACUCGUGCAAGCAAUGUAAUAAUGGACAAAAAGAAAGAUAUAGAACAUCAACAGUGCACACUGACAAUGGAGAAUGGAUACAUACAGAUUAAAUUCAAGAAAACAUCUGAUAGUAAUAUCAAACAAACCACUUUUCCUUCUUCUCCCAUAAAAAAAUCUACUAAACAUUCUGAAUUUUCAAAUGUUAAUGUAAAUAGUCCUACAGAUGCUUCUUCCUUUUCAAAUUGUGGUAAACUUUCAGAACAGACAGAUAUGACACAGUCUAAAUCUUUAACUGUUAUAGCAGAUUCUUUGAAUAAUAUUGGAAAACCUCUUACCUCAGAAAAGGAAAGUUCUUCACUGAAAGAACACUUAAGAGAUACAACUGUUCAGAAUCGUAAAACAGAUGGAAAACAACUUACAACAAUUAGUGCUUCCUUAGUUUCUCCAACAAAACAUAAAAAAGCUGUAGAAAGAAAAGAGAUUAGCAAAGGUAAAGAUUUUUCCAAUAGUUAUAAAUGCAUUGUAUGUGAUCUCUGUUUUGAAGACUAUUCUAGUUUGCAACAACAUUUAAGUAAACAUGCAAAAGAAACAACAAAAGUUUCUUUAUCUCCAUCGAAACCUACAACUUUAAUAAAGAAUGUUGAAAUGUUAAAAGGAAUGCAAGUAAAAGUAUUGUUUCCUUCAGCAUCUGGAAGUGCAGAAUCUCAACAGUCUAAUAAUGAAGGAAGUACUUUACAAGCUGUAUCUUCAUCUACUAGUGUUACAGAUAAACAGGACUCAUUACAGAAAAGAAUUGCACGUACAAAACAUAAGAAACAUAAAGUUCUCAGACCAUCUAAUGACACAAACGAGUGUAAUGUUUGUUUUCAUGAAUUUCCAUCUAGAACAGAUUUAGCAGCUCAUAUUUUCUCACAUACAGAAAGUGAAUUGCAAGGAGCAUUUGAGAUUGCAAAACAAAGUGUAAAGAAAGGAAAGAAAAUUGUUGAGUCAGAAACUCAAAAAGCAAAGAAUGAUACAAAUGAAUCUUCGAACAAUGUCGAUGACAGCGAAAAGAACUGUUCAAAAGCAUCAGCUGUACAUAAGCAAGAUGAACAUUCAGUAAAAAAAUUUUCAAAAUCUACUAAUGAAAGCCAAAAGAAUUGUUCAAAAAUAUUAACUGAUCAGAAACAAGAUGAACAAUCAUCAAUGGAUUCUGAAUCCAGAAUUUCUGAACAAGUAAAUGGAACUCGUAAUAUUAAAACAAACAAAUCAGUUUCUCUUGGGGAACACAAUUCCAAAAGUAAUCAAACGUCUUCUGCAAAUAAAACAGAAAAAAUUAGAACACAUAAAGCAAUUCACAAUAAAAAAUUAUUUACAAUAUGUCAAUGCCAUAAUAAAGCAGACUCCAAUUUUAACUGUCUAAAGAUUGAAAUAGUUCUUCUAUGUCAUACAUGCAGAGUACUGUUUCGAAGCAUAGAAUGUUUUGAAUCUCAUUAUCGUCUUUCGCAGUAUUCGGUUUGUAAUCAGAAUCGAUUUGAUAAUGGACGAUCUCCAAACUUAUUCUGCGCUAGUUGUGGUAUGAUAUUUAGUUCGGUUCAAGAUGUUCGCCAACAUUUAGAAACGCAUGUUCGUUUCAAUCAAAACUGUGUGAUGGAUUUUCGUUGUAAUAUAUGCAAAGUUAUAUUUAUUGGAAUAGGACCACUUUUCUAUGUUCAUUGGUCCAAACACACAAAGAAUUCAUUUUGGGUUGGUAAUGAACAAUCAUUUCCUAAAAGUUCGAUAAUAAAUUUGAAAUUGAAAAAUGAAAAAGGAGCAUGUAAACCAGGUGAAUUUACUUUGGAUAAAUACAUAGAUAACUAUAUUUAUGUUGGAGAAUAUAUUUGUCGAAAUUGUAAAUUAAUUUUUAUUGAUGAUUGCCAUUUUAAAGUGCAUAAACAAACCUGCAAAGAAGUUAAUUCAGCAAAAAGUCAAAAUGUACAGUCUAUUGUCGAAGAAAAACAAUUUAAAUUACGUUUAAUUUGCAGUCUCUGCCAUGAAAAUUUUUCCAAAGAAUUAGACUUAUACAUGCAUAUGAAAAAUAAGCAUAAAUUUGCUACUGAUCCUCAGUUUGUGUGUGUGUCUCUCACAGAUGUUGAAAGAACAUUUAUUUGUAGCAUUUGUAUGGAAGUAACUGAAACCAUUGAUCAAUUUAAUAAGCAUUGGUUAAAACAUUAUGUAAGUCAACCAUGUUUCAUUUGUACAAAUUGUAAACAGAAUUGCAACAGUCUAGAUACUUUUCUGGAACAUGUCAAAGAACAUGAUUGCAGAACUAAAGAAGAUACAAUAUCUUGUUCUGUAAAUUAUCAGGAUGUUCAAUUUGUUUGUAAGCUUUGCCAUGUUGGCUUUCAAGAUCAAAAAUGGUUAAGUGAGCAUGAUAUUAUACAUAACUUAAAUAAACAGAAGAAAAAUAAAAAGAAAAAUGAAGUAACAAAUCAGGAAAGCUCUACGUUAAAUCCUGAAGCAAAUAAUGUUUGUAAUACUCUGAAAACAACGGAGUCAACCAUUGAAAAAAUGUUUGAACAAUUUGUAAAAAUAGAAAACGAUCGAGAUAAUAACGCGAUAGGAGAAAAUACAGUACAAUGUUCACAGUCUAGUGCAGACCUCGAUAAAGAGAGAUUAAUCAACAUAUUAGAAGGAAAUGAAGAGGACGAUUCUGAAAAUGAAUUAGUAAUAGACCUAACAGAACGUUCUGAAUCACAUAAUGAAUCAGUAAUAAAAGAUAGACCUAAUGAGAAACAAAUUAUACUUUCGUCUACGUUAAAUACAAAUGCUUCUUCAGUUUCUGAAAUCUUGUUACCCAAAAGUGGUUCACUUCCAAGAAAGCAUAUUUCGGGAAUACCUUCAAAAGAGAUUACAAUUAGUUCAUCAGAUGCAGUAUCCUCUGAUAAUAUAGGAACUCCAACUUCUUCACAGAACAUGUGCUUACAAGAGACACAAGAUACACAUAUUAAAGAACCAUUAGAAUCGAAUGAUACUGUAAAACAAAAGCGUGGUUUUUUACGUGUAAAAACUUUAGCAGAACUUGUAGGAAAUGCAAAUUCCUUACAUGUCUGUAAAGUGUGUCAAUGUUCUUUUAAAUUUGCUGAAGAUUUGACACAACAUUCUUCGACUCACACAACACAAAAGCAAUCAAAGGAGUCCCUUCAGGAAAACAAUCCAAUUUCACAACAGCCUUCAAGUUCUACUGGGCAGAAGAAGUUGAUUAUUUGUCCAUCUUCAAGAGUAAUUAUUAAACCACUGACAAAGGUAGCAAAAGCAAUUCCGAUUCUGAAACCUUUAAUCUCUCCGACAAACAAUGCAAAAGUGUUAGUUACAAAACCACAUACCGCAGUAACUUCUUCGCAAAGUUCUAUGUCUGCAUACCAUAAAAAUCUGCCAGCUUGUAAUAUUGUGCGUAAAAUAUCUACACCGCGUAGUAUAACUCAAAUAACUGCAAGAACUCCAAUGAGUGUGGCAGUAAGUUCUUCCAAGGUACAGAAUAUUCAAGUAACAUCUGCAACAAUUAGCUCUAACGACGCAACAUGUUUAAAUACAACUACUUCAAAAACAUUAAAUACUGAUUUGGACAGCAAUAUACAUGCAAAUAAUAAAAUGGUUUAUCGUCAAUAUUAUCCGAAACGUUCGAUGGUUAAGAAUCAUAGCAAUAUGGAUAAUGCAACAACGAGUAAUGUUAAUUGCCCAAGUAGUAAUCAAAAUUUUAAACAAACUCAGUAUACCACACAGAAUCAGACAAAAGUAAAUUCCCCCAGAAUAUACUACCAGUAUCCCAAUUCUGAUGCUAAUUAUUCAGGGAAUGUUCAAACAUCCACGCAGAAUCCACAAAUAAGAACAAAUCAGCCGGUUACAAGAAACCCGUCUUCUGCUUUUUAUUAUAACAAUUCCUCAAGUGGUGGGAUGUCAAUAGUGAUUAAUCAAACUACACCUGCCCUACCAAAUCUGUCAACAGUGGACAUACGACAGCAACAAGAGCCCCAACCACAAAUGUAUCCACCAGUAUAUUCUAAUCCAGUGGUAUCAGUAAAUCCAUAUACGCAACAGUCACAGGUAUAUUGGGCAAUUGGACAUGAAUUGAUUUAAAGUAUAUAAUUCCAUAAUAAUUGAGUACAAAAAAAUGAACAUGUACAGAUUAUAAAAAUGCAGGGAGAGGAACAGAAGUAUUUAUUUACUUUCAUUAACUACUAUAACUAUUUAAUUUAGUAUUUUCUGGUAUUACUUUCUUAACCACGGGAUUCUUUCAUUCUAUAAUUACAUUAUUAAUAUUACCAACAUAAUGUUACAGUUUCUAUGUAUUACAUAAUUACAUAACAUAAUAUUACAAAGUUCAUAUGUAAUUUAUUUCUAAUAAUGUAGAGAAAGUAAAGGAGAUCUUUUCGUGUUUAAUGAUUACAAGAUUUCUCCAUAAUUUUAAUUUUUUGCCGACCUUAUUAUUAAAUGUACAUUGUAUUCAUUACAAUAAUAAAUAGUAUAUGACUGAAACAAAAUAUAGGAAGUAUGUUUACUUAUAAUUUUCUCGGUUAUUAUAUGCUCAGUUAUGUUUUACUACAAUCAGUAUUUCUUCUAUAUGUUAAUUAUAUAAAUACUUGUGUUCCUUAUUGUAUUUAAUUUUAAAGUUACAUGGGUUCAAGACACGUAUUCAUAAUCUUUUACAUCCGAUCUCUUUUCAGAAUUUUAGAUAUUUUAUAAUCAAUGAAUUAUUUAAUGUUAUGUAAUGAUAUUCAUUUUUAAAUUUAGCCUAUUUAUAUUUAAUUUUAUAUUCAAAUGUUUCACUGCAUAUUCUUAAUGCUUUUUAAAAGAUAAUUCUGCAGCGAAUGGUCUUAAAUUACGCGUUUCUUGAUUAAUUUUAUGAUUAUCCUUAGUUUUGUAAGUUAUAUCUAGGACCACAAUUGUAUUUAUAUUUCUCUGGAGUACUCAAUGAAUAACGUAUGUUAUUACCAGAACUCUUGAGUUUAUAAGAUUUUUAUACAAGUUUAGGAUAUCUUAAAUGAAUUUUAUAUAUAAUUUAAUAUAUUAUAUUUUAUAUAUCAUCUGUUUUGAUAGCUAUUUUCUUAUAAAAAGAGCAGGUUAUGUCAUAUAACGGAGUAUGAUUUUAUGAUGUUAUCGAUAAGUAACAUUUUACAUUUAAUUAUUAUAAGUUUUAACAAUCAAAAAUAAUUUUUAACGUCUUUUUUGCUUUAGUAUUAAUGCCAUUCAAUGUUCUCUCGCCAUGACAAACUAUUUAUUUCAAAAGUAUUCCUCAUCGUUUAAUGAAUUGAAAAUCUUUAUUAGACAAUUAAAUUCAUUAGGUUUAUUGUGCUACACAGAGAAAUAUAUUUAUACUGUAGCGGAAAAAUGUUAUCCCUUAUAGAUUAUGAUAUUGUCCUAAUAUUGAUACGAUUCGUCGAAACAAAUUUUAUAUGAUCGCGUGCUUGUGAAAUUCAGCAAAUUCAGUGGAACUUUUCAUAAAGUAUUCAAGAAAUCGUUCAAUUAGAGAUUUCAUAAAUUGUAUUAUAUUACACUCAAAAAUAUAUUUGUAAAUUGACAACUCUU